UUGGGAUAGUAGCAACGUGCUUUGUGUAGCAGAAUGGAUUUCGCCAAGAAUAUUCUGCAAAAAUACGGUUGGAAAGAAGGUGAUGGUCUUGGCAAAAAUACUGACGGAAUCACUGCCCCGAUCAAAGCUUCGCUGAAAUUCAACACCUCAGGCUUAGGUGCCGCUCCAGCCAAAGAUCUUACAGACAAUUGGUGGGAGCGUGUUUAUAACGAUGCAGCAAGCAAUGUUCAAGUUCAAUCAGGAGGCAAUCAUGCCCAGGGAAGCCAGAUUAGCGUUCGGCAGGCAGACGCAGUCGAAAUAUCUACAAAGAGCUAUUCUGUGAAGAAGCUGAAGGAACAGGCCGGAAAAGAUGGGACAAAAUAUGGCAGCACAUUCCUUAAGGCUUCCAUGUUAGGUGCAACUGGGGGAGAACAAGAGGUGGCGGAUCGUAUCAACAUGGAAGAUAUUGAGUUUAAAGCAACCCAAACGCUUACGGAUGAGCAGCUGUUUGCGGCCUGCGGAGGACGAACCGCGCACAAAGGGGCGCGUCAUGGUUUAACGCUAAAUGGAAAAUUAGCACGGAUUGAUGAACAGAACAAUAAGCUCCUGCAGAAACUGGAGCACGAAAAGUUUGAGACUGUGAUGAAGACUAAUGACUGGCAGGUGCAGCAUUCUCGUAAUGGUCGAAAAAGGUCUAAGAAACAGAAACGCAACGAUCAAAAGUGGUUCGAAAAAGCCUCGGUGGGUACAGGCGAUGAUGAGGUGAAAGAUAUGGUGCACCAUGCGGAUUACGUUGUGGCGAAGAACCGGAAGAAAACAAAGGUGCUCAAGCAGACUGACAACGAUCUGGCAAAUUGUGUUGCCACAAUGUUCUCAAUCUUGCCCGAGGAGGAUGGUAUAGAAGAAGAAGUUAAGCCUCCGCCAUCAUUGGAUGAUGAGUUAGAUCAGCUGAGUGAGAAAAUACGCAAACUGGACCACAGUUCGCUAACAAUCAAGAAAAAGGGUAGGAAAAACAAAAAGAAGCUUAAGCGAGCUAUAACAACCGGUAGCGAUGUAAACGACGAGGAUGAUAUAGCAAUGAAAGACCCGGCGGCGAAGUACAGAAAGGACUAUCGGCCCGAUUUGAAGAGAAACAAUCGUUUACUGAAAUCUCUCGUCUCGCACGAGGUACCGAAGGAGAAGGUUCCUGCUAAACCGGCUAGUCUGAUGCGCUCGGGCUCCAGUGAUGGUUCGGAAGACGAGGAAGAUGUGGUAAAAAGGGUCAACGAAGAGCAAGAUCGGUACUGGAGAAAGAUGCGAGCCAACGUGCCAAAGAUUAACAUAAUCGAACCAACCGAGGACGAUUGUCUAGCUCUUGCGCAGGGACUAAAAGAACGGCACCAGAACGAGGUCAAACGCGUUGGUACGCAUCGGGUGAACGUGAAGAAGAAGAAGAGUAAGAAAAAGCACCGCCAGGUGGCUCGGCUGGCGGAUAGUUUAUCGAAGAAAUUGUAGAAUCAGCACGCAUGUGAACAGAAAGCAAUAGCUUCCGAAAUCCUGAAAAAGGGAUAGAAGCGUAGAAGGCCUUGUUUCUGAUUAGAAUGUUUUAAGUGCCGUACUAUUAAGCGUACAUUGGAGCAAGUGUGGAGGUUGGCGUUCCGUAUUCAAACGCCGCUAUGUCGUUUGUUGUAUAUUACUUUUUCCUGGAAAUGUUAAGGUUGAAAGCAAAAUCAUGAUCACGAGUCAGAAUACCGAUGGCAUACUGUUUUUGCGAGGCAAUAAAGUUAAGAAAGGAAUCAGUA